ACCUGCAGAGCCGGUGGGGCCCGAGCCGCAGCAACCACCCCUCGGGCGCUCAGGGACGACACGUCGGGGCCUGAGAGGCUCGGUGUAAGGGGCACCGACUGAGGUCUGCAGAGAGCCGAGGCCGCAGCCCGCCCGAGUCCGGGGAGGGAGGACCCGCGAGAGGACCCAGGGAGCCUCCCACAGGUGUCCUCCUACCCCCGCCACGCAGAGCCCAUCUCCCGCGGACGUGCAACCAGCCCUUAGGGACCCCUGGCACGGGGUCCGGAUGUGACGUGGGCCGACUUCCGCCUCGGAGGUCUGAGGGAGCGGAGGGCCUCGUGUGGGGGGCGCAUUGGGGUCCCCUGGAAGGAGGCCAGGCCCGGGCCGGCGGCAGCCGGGCAGCAGGGACUUCAAGAACUGGUAGCAGAGGCCUCAGUCUGAGGCGGGGGUCCCUCAGGACACAGAGCUGAGGAGGCGCGGGCCAGAGCCACUUGUCCAGGUUCAGCCCGAAUCUGACACCAUGCCCCUGAGGAAUAGCAGCGAGCUUUGGAAGCAGGGAGAAGACCUAGAGGAGGCCCAGGGCCAUGUGGAUGCCCAGCUGUCUGGGGCUGAGGAGGAGGAGGAAGGGGAGGAGGAGGUUCCACCUCCUCCCUCUACCCCAUCUCCCCCGUACCACCUAUCUCAUCUCUUUCUGUCCUCCUCCUCGUCCUCAUCCUCAUCCUCCUCCUCCUCAUCAUCAUCAUCAUCGUCGUCUUCUGCUUCUUUUUCCAUCUCUGGCAUGGUCUUUGGCCCCCCAGAGGGGGGGUCUACAGCUCCCGGGGCCCUGAGUGCUUCCCAGAGCUCUCAGAAUGCCAGCCCCUCCCCCAGUGGUGGGGCAGCUGGUGGCCUUGGCCAGUCUGAGCCGCCUGGCCCCAGUGGCCCAGGGGAGGCGGGAGAUGAGGAGCCCUUGGUGGAGGGCAGUUUCCACAUGAAGACGGCUGCCCUGGUGGUAUUCCUGCUCCUCAAGUAUCGCAACAAGCAACCCACCAGCAAGGCAGAGAUGCUGGAGGUCUUCUCCCCAGAAUACCAGGACGACUUCCCCGCCAUCUUGAGCCAAGCGUCCAUCUGCUUGCGGCUGGUCUUUGGCCUAGAUGUGAUUGAAGUGGAUCCCAGGGAGCACUCCUACGUCCUCAACCCCAUCCUGGGCCUCACCUGGGAUGGGAUGCUGAGCGGUCAGUGGGGCCUGCCCAAGACCUGCCUCCUGGGGCUGGUCCUGGGGUUGAUCCUCCUGCAGGACGGAUGUGUCCCUGAGGAGGAGGUGUGGGAAGCUCUGGGGUUCACGGCGGUGUACGAUGACCAAGAGCACAUCGUCUGUGGGGAGCCCGGCGACCACCUCACCAAUGUCUGGGUGCAGGAAGGCUACCUGGAGCGCCGGCAGGUGGCGGGCAGUGACCCUGCCCGCAACGAGUUCCUGUGGGGGCCCAGGGCCUAUGAGGAAACCAACAGGCUCCAGGUCAUGGACUUUCUGCUCCUGGUCGGUAGCAACAACCUGGGUUCCUCCCUGGUCCUGUGAGAAAAGAUUCUGAGAUAAGGAAGAGGGGGCUACAGCCCCAGGGGUGGCCAGUCCCUUUCCAGGCUUUUGUGGGGCCGGCAUGAAGGGAGGCCUCUGGGUGCUUCCUCCCGGUGUUGUCCUGUUGGGUGUGUAAAGAGAAAAGCCUGGGCGUUCUCAGGAUUUAAGGGCCAGGGCAAGUAGGGGGAAAGCAGGGCCAAGAGCCUCUCUUGGGCCCUGGGCUCUAUAAUGACCCCGGAAUCCGGAGCUUGGUUCCUUUGAGGAAGCUCCCCAUGUUUGUUCCUUGGGAUAGAAGGUUUCCCCAGCCCAGUGUGUAAGUGACACACACCCCUUCGUGUUCGUACUCCCCCAGUUUAAGAGUUAGAUUUUUGUCAUGUCCUGCAUACAAGUUGGUAGACCUUCCCUUCUUGUUUGGGUUCUGGAUGAAAUCAGAGGGCAAUGGUGUUGGAAUUUGUUGGAAUGGCCAAGAGUGCAGCAGGCAAGUGGUGGAGUGUGGAAAUUAGAAAAUAAACCUUGUUCACUUUUCAUUUC